UGUGAUGACCAAUGAGAAUUGAAGAAUCAAAGGAAGUCGGAGAUUCCUAGUUAUUUCCUUCGUGGGUUUGUCUGUCGAAGAAGAAAAGAAUCUUUAUGUUUUUAUUUUUUCAGCUGCUGCUCUGUGUUCAUCAUCUUCGUUGAUAGUAUCUGGAAGAAAGAGCCGUUUGGGUUAAAAGGUGAAGAAUCUCCCUCCUUCCCUCCCUCCCUCUCAUCUAUCUAUUUAUUGUUCUGAACACAAACAAAAACAGCUCUGUUUUGGGUUAAAAGGCACCGAUUGAUGAUAGGUUUCUGGACUUCUCUGGAAGGUAUUCUGCUUUUCGCAAAUGCAUUAGCCAUACUGAAUGAAGAUAGGUUCCUUGCUCCUAGGGGAUGGACACUGGCAGAACUCCAAGGAAGCACAAGAAAUUCACUCAAGGGGCAGAUCAUUGGGCUCGUACAUGCUUGCCAAUUUAUGAGACUACCCCUUAUACUUCUAAACAUCAUCGUUAUCAUAUUGAAGCUGGCCCCUGUUUGAGGUUAAGGAAGAAAAUAGUUCAUAGCUUGGAAAGUCUCGUGUUUGUAUAAGGAAGUAUGAGAGUCUCAUUCUUUCCCCCUCAAGGGUUGUGCUGUGCACACCAAAGUCUCAGAGUUUUUUCUUUUCUUUUUUUCUGUACAACAGAACAGUAGCUGUUUCUCUAGUAACUUAUCUGUCACCUCUUUUGUAUCUUUCAUCCCUGGCUGUUUUUGUCCAUCUACUCGUUAACCUCAAUGAAAUUACUAAGCUAAAGUGUUACAUUUAA